AUGGAGGCAGGGCUGGCCAAGGCUCUCGCCGAGUACCGCGAGUGGGCCGGCCGUCUCGGCGUGGACGCCACCAGCGGCAACCGGGGCAUACUCCUCAACGACGCGGGCGCGCGGUUUGUCGAGGCGGCGGCCGACGUCGCGCUGGACAGCGUCAUGCCGUGGGAGCCAACACCGGAGACCACGAGCCUGCACCCGAACGGCGACGGCGAUGUCGCUGACGAGCUGAUGCUCCUCCAGUUCACGCGGUUCGCGUGCGUUCGAGCACCGUGGCGCCGAGUUCAAGCCUGUGGCGAGACGAAGAAGGGUACAGGCAACACCAGCACCGGUGGUCAGGAAGUGGUGGUGCACAGGGCGCACUUCAGCCGCGAGAUGAUCUCGGAGCUCAGAUCACGGGCCUCAGCCGGUGGCACAUCCCGGCCGUACACCACGCUUCAGUGUUUGGUGGCGCACCUAUGGCAGUGCAUCACCAAGGCGCGCGGGAUCGGCACAGACAGCACGGCCACCGAGUUGCACAUCGCCGUGAACGGGCGCGCGCGCAUGCGCCGUCCGCGGGUGCCGCACGCGUACACCGGCAACGCCGUGCUCUGGGCGCGGCCGACUGCCACGGCAGGGGAUCUGGUGGCCAUGCUGCUGCGUCAAGUCGCCGAGCUCAUACGCCAGGAGGUUUCCCGGAUCGACGACGGCUACUUCAGGUCGUUCAUCGACUUCGCGAGCUCCGGCGCGGUGGAGAACGAGCAGCUCGUGCCGACGGCUGAUCCUUCGGAGACGGCGAAGAGCCCACACGUCGCGGUUUACAGCGUGCUCAGGUCGCCGUUCCACGAGGUCGACUUCGGCGCCGGCGGCGGCAAGCUCUUCUUCUUCAUGCCUAGUUACGUCCCGGUGGAGGGCUUGGUGGUCGUCGUCCCGUCGUUCUGCAACGACGGCAGCAUCGAGGCCUAUGUGUCUGUCUUCAGCCACACCGUGGACGACUUCAAGACCUGCUGCUAUUAUUCCCUGGCAGCAGCAGGAGAGGCACGCCUUUAG